AUGGCUGAAUACGAAGCUUGUAUUCUUGGUUUGAAAAUGGCAAUCGACAUAAAUGUUUACGAGUUGUUGUAUGUACAGAAGUUGUGCAAGAGAUUUCGUAAGAUCGAGUUCAGACAUACUCCUAGAAUACAGAAUGAAUUGGCCGAUGCUCUGGACACCAUCGCUUCGAUGAUUAAACAUCCGGAUAUAGAUUAUAUUGAUCCUUUAGAUAUAGAGUUGAAAGAACAUCCAUUCCACUGUUCGCAUGUUGAAGCAGAACCAGACGGUUUGCCUUGGUAUUUUGAUAUAAAGAAGUAUUUGGAGUCUUGA